CCAACAUUAUUGUUGAACAUUUAUGAAAAUAUGAAUCAAAGUUGAUGAAAAAUGUCUUAAACUGGUCCGUAAUACCCUCCAAACCCCUAACUGGACGCUGUGCAAUUGUUUGCCCCGCUUUUCACUCCUCCACAUCAGACCGCUAGUGGCCAUAAACAACGGCACUUCCAAUCCGAUGGUCGCUUAUUGUGGAUCGGAAUUAAAUUCACUUUGAUAAGAUAAGUGUAAAGCACAGCAUCUCCCUUAGUAGAGUACACCACUUCGUGCGGAUUACUAUGGAGUGUUCUUUGAAGGGCAAAACGAUCGUCGUAACCGGUGCUGGCCAAGGCAUUGGGAAUGAACUGUGCCGUACGCUGGAUCAACUUGGUGCCAAGGUGAUAGCCGUGUCACGCUCGCCGGGUCCACUGGAAGCAUUAAAAAAGGAUUGUCCGAAGAUCGAAAUCAUACAGGUCGAUUUGAGUGAUUGGAGUGCUGCGCGAUCGGCGCUGGGGGCGCUAGGAAAGGUGGACGGAUUGGUCAACAAUGCGGCGAUAGCGGUCAUCAAACCGUUCCUGGAGCUAACCGAAGGUGACUUUGAUAGUACCUUCAACGUUAACGUAAAAGCGGCUUUCAAUGUGGCGCAGGUUCUCGUUCCGAAGAUGGAAGCGGGAGCAAGCAUCGUGAACGUUUCAUCUCUUGCCGGACUGAAAGCGAUCCACGGGCACUGCGCGUAUUCUAUGUCGAAGGCUGCCAUUGAUGGGCUUACGCAAAAUCUUGCCCUCGAGCUGGGCCCAAAAAAGAUCCGUGUCAACAGCGUCAAUCCGACGGUGAUACUGACACGCAUGGGUCGUGAUAAUUGGUCCGAUCCGGCCAAAGCGGAUCCACUGAAGGCAAAGAUUCCACUCGGGCGGUUUGGGGAAGUGCACGAAGUGGUCGAACCGAUCAUCUAUCUGCUGAGCGAUCGUUCGAGCUUCAUUAACGGCCAUUCGCUGCCUAUUGAGGGUGGUUUUCUAGCUGGAAACUGAACCAUUACUCGGAAAAAGUAAAAUGUUUGCCAUUCAAUUUAAUGAUUUAUUUUAUUCGCAUCAGAAGUGAAACGGAACGUAUGGAAAUAAAAGCAAAAUUAUUGUUCACAGCGGAAAUAAAAACUUAAAUUAGUAAAUG